UCCACGCCGAGGCACGGCGCAGGUGCGGGAGCCAUGAAUCGAGAAGAUCAUUAUUACCCUUCUCAGGUUUUUAAAGACUCCUGUGCCUACCAGAGAUCGCAGGGGGAGGACUACAGCCACAGCCCGCCGCCCUGCCUCUACAUGAGCAGGCAGGUGCACUCCGUCUACACACCGCCGUCCAUGGGAGCCUUGGAGCAGGCCAGCCUUCCUGACAUCGCCUCUUACAGCCUACCCAUGCGGGAGGAUCCAGGUGUGCCUCCGCUCCACCAUCCUCAGGGGCUCCAGCAGCAGCAGCAGCAGCAGCCUCUCCCGCCGGCUGCAGAGUAUGGAGACACGGGGGAACAGAGCAGAUAUCACCUCCCUUUCCCCUGGAUGAAAACCACCAAAUCUCACUCACACACCUGGAAAGGACAGUGGGCAGGACCGUACGUGAUGGCUGAAUCAGAGGAAAACAAGCGCACGAGGACUGCCUACACGCGCGCCCAGCUGCUGGAGCUCGAGAAGGAGUUCCUAUUCAACCGCUACAUCUCGAGGCCGCGGCGCGUGGAACUGGCUCUGACCCUGAGCCUCACCGAGAGACACAUCAAGAUCUGGUUUCAGAACCGGCGCAUGAAGUGGAAGAAGGAGGAGGACCGCAGGAGGGCGAGGGGGGCCGACCCGGACCAGGACUCCUCUAUCACCUCUGGGGACCAGGGGGAGGCCGCGGGAGGGGUCACCUCUUCCAACGGACCUCUCAGCAGCUCACCUCCUGUGUCCCCACUGCACGCUCACUCCCUCUCCUCAGCUGGGGCCAGAGAGCCCGCAUAGAGACCGGGACUUAGACUCAUACCGAGAGGGGUUCAUUUUUUGUUUAUUUUGAUGGAAACACAAAUGGAAAAAGACUUAAAAUCCACAUUUUAAGGCAGUCCCAUUGAGAGGAUUGGUAUUUUUAUGGAUCCUUUAAGACAGUGGUUCCCAACUAGUGGGUCGCGGUUUAAAAGUGGGUCGCAAGUCCUCUCUGAAUGGACCAUAAGUGACUCAAGUUUGUGAAAAACCGGCUACAAAAGAAAAAGAAAGAAAGAAAGAAAGACAUCGCCCGACUUCACAGCAAAUGUAGUGCAGCCAAAAAUAUUU